AUGUCAGAUCUUAAACAAGCACUACAAAUAUCUAUGAAACACACACGCUCUUCCAAGUCAUUGACUCUUCGUCUCAAUAACACUGCCAGUGGAGUGAUUAACAACAAGAUCAGAGGGCAGGAAAUAACUGUAAGGAUGAGGGAUGAUCCCAAAAAUCGAAAGGCUGGGUUUAAUCUCAAAAUAGGGAAGAUUUGGAACUUCAAGAAUAAACGGCCUUACAAUGGGCCUUACAACGGCAAAGGUGAAACCCAAGCCUGUAUUGACUUGGACUUGAACUCGGAAGAGCCCAAUAACAAGGAUAAAAGUGGUGAUUUGGAGCCGCAGGACUGGGAUGCAUUAAUUGCUAAGGUAUCAAGGCUUGAGCACCUUCUGGCUGCAAAAUCCAGUCAAUUAAAAAAUGUUCAAGAUCGAACAGCAGAUUUAUCAUACCAGUUAGCGGUCCUGGAGGGUUUUAGUACACCUAAGACUGACUCGGACCCACCUAGCUACCAAUAUGAUUCAGAGGAGGUGUAG